GGCCGCCAGCGCCCCGCCCCGCGCCAGACGCAGGAAGGAGGGUGGCCGUGGCGCACGUCGCGCGCGGUGACGUCACUACGCUCUGCUGUAGUACGACGUGGCCUUUUCUGUUGGAGUGACUGGCAAUCAUGGAUCAGGUAAUGCAGUUCGUGGAACCCAGCCGUCAGUUUGUUAAAGACUCCAUACGACUGGUUAAAAGAUGCACUAAGCCUGACAGGAAAGAAUUCCAGAAGAUUGCAAUGGCAACAGCAAUAGGCUUUGCAAUAAUGGGAUUUAUUGGCUUCUUUGUCAAAUUGAUCCAUAUCCCAAUCAACAACAUUAUUGUAGGCGGCUGACUGCUCAUCAUGAAGAAUGAGACACUGUGACAUUCGCUGCAAAAAAUUUCGUGAGCGUGUAACUUGUUUGCUAUUAAACAGUUUCGAGUUUGCAAACUCA